UUUAUGUUUAACUAAAUUGUCGAGCGCUCCAAUCAAAGGUUCACAUUCUAACAUGCAUGUUGCCAUGAUUUUUCAUUCAAAAGAUCUCCAAAACCCAUGUUGCUUUUCAAUUGGAUGCAUAAGAAUUAUCUUGAGUCUUGAGUACUGCCUUCCUGAAUGAACAAAAAAUGUGCGAAACAUGCAUGGCAUGCCAAGAGAGCGGCUAAAGAAGUAACUGAAACAGCAGAGAUGAUACAACAAAAACAUAUCCUCUGUACUUCUCAAGGUGGCCAAAUGACAUAUGAAAACAAAGAAGCGGCGAAAGUUCUGUAACUGCUACUGCUAUGCCGUGAAACACAUAUCCUGUUUUUGUUAGUCUCAAGCUUUGCUAUAUAUAUCCCAUCUGGGCUUUUGCCAUUCACCUUCAUCACGACAGUGAGAGAAGCUCACCUAGAAAAAACAAGGCUCAAAACAACCGUUAGUGUUUAUACUACAGCAACAAUGAAGGGUGUUGUUAUCUCAGUUUUGGUCGUGCUAGCCAUGGUUCAAUUCAUGGUGAAGCCCGGACAGGCCACCGUAACUUGUCCACAAGUCAAUGAUGCUUUAAGAGACUGCAUUCCUUACCUUACAUCGGGGGCCGGGAACCCCACGGUUGCAUGCUGUGGUGGUGUGGACAGACUCCAGAAAAUGGCUUCAACCACCGCAGACAAGCAGGCAGCUUGCAACUGUGCUAAGGAUGCUGCUGCUCGUAUCCCCGCUAUAAAGGAAGAUGCCGCCGCAUCUCUCCCUGCUAAGUGCAACGUUCAAGUUAAUUUCCCAAUCUCCAAGAACACCAAUUGCCGAGAAUGAGUAUUUUUUUCAACAGCAAACUAACAUACUAUACACAUACUGACACAGUAAUUAAUUGUUUUCUUUUCCUCUUUUUUUCCCAUCAUCCUCUAAAAUGGAAGCCAUCAA